AUGGCCAGUUUAGGUUGGGAUCAAGGACAAGUGUACUCUACAUCAGUGCUUCCCGGAGAAGAACAGGUUGAUUCCUUCUCUGAGACCACUGCUCUGUUUUUUGACUUUAUUCAGACAUUCCGUCUCGGCAACAAUUACAUUUACAGAGAACAAUUGUCGCAGAACCUGUUGACAAAGCAAUACUACAUUGAAGUCGAUAUCAACCAUCUCAUCAGUUUUAAUGCCGAUCUCGCCAACAAGCUCACCACCACACCAGCAGAUUACCUGCCAAGAUUUGAAACUGCUGUCAAAGACAGUGCAAAGAGAAUCCUGUUUUCCAAUCCCAAUACUGUCAGCAACCUGGAUGUGCCUGAUUGCCAAGUAACUCUCAAAUCCACAGCCAAUGUCAUCCAAAUCCGUGAUUUAAAUUCUGAUUACAUUGGAAAACUGGUUCGUAUCCCCGGUAUCGUCAUUGGUGCCUCUACCCUCAGUUCAAGAGCCACUCAAGUCACUGCCAUGUGUAGAUCUUGUCGCAGCAUCAAAAUCAUCCCCGUAACUGGUGGUUUUUCAUCCAUUGUUCUGCCUAGAACAUGUGACAGUAUGGGCGUCAAUGGCGAACGCAAUGAUUGCCCUAUGGAUCCUUUUGUGAUUAUGCAUGACAAGUGUAAGUUUGUGGAUUCUCAAGUCAUCAAGUUGCAAGAAGCCCCUGAUAUGGUGCCUGUUGGUGACCUUCCUCGCCACACCAUCUUGAAUGCGGAUCGUUGGUUGACAAACCGUGUUGUGCCUGGUAUGAGAGCUGUGGUCAUGGGUAUCUAUUCCAUCUUCCAGAGCAAAUCUGCUAAAUCAACCGGCGCUGCUGCUGUCAGAACACCUUAUAUCAGAAUUGUCGGUCUUCAAGUAGAUCAGCACAACAACGGACGUGGUAAACCUCAUUUCACAGACGCAGAGGAGGAGGAAUAUAUCAGAAUGUCUCGUCAGCCUGAUUUAUACGAAACAUUUGCUCGUAGUUUGGCACCGUCUAUCUUUGGCAACAUGGAUAUCAAAAAGGCCAUUACUUGUUUGCUGUUCAGUGGAUCCAAAAAGAUUUUACCCGAUGGCAUGCGAUUGAGAGGUGACAUCAGUGUGCUGUUGUUGGGUGAUCCAGGUACCGCCAAAUCACAACUGCUUAAAUUCACAGAAAAAGUGGCACCCAUUGCUGUCUAUACGUCUGGUAAGGGUAGUAGUGCUGCCGGUUUAACUGCUUCGGUUAUUCGUGAUCCUGCCUCUCGUGAUUUUUACUUGGAAGGUGGUGCCAUGGUUUUGGCAGAUGGCGGUGUCGUAUGUAUUGAUGAGUUUGACAAGAUGCGUGAUGAGGAUCGUGUUGCUAUUCACGAAGCUAUGGAACAGCAGACCAUUUCUAUUGCCAAAGCAGGAAUCACCACUAUUCUCAAUUCUCGUACUUCUGUGCUUGCUGCUGCCAAUCCAGUGUUUGGUCGUUAUGAUGACAUGAAGAGUGCUGGUGAGAAUAUCGAUUUCCAAACCACUAUUUUGUCUCGUUUCGAUAUGAUUUUCAUCGUCAAGGAUGACCAUAAUGAGAGCCGUGAUAUGUCCAUCGCCAGACAUGUUCUGAAUGUCCACAUGAACAGACAAACACAGGACGCUGUGAUGGGAGAAAUCGAUUUGGAAAAGAUGAAGGCAUACAUCAACUAUUGUAAAGCUAAAUGUGCACCUCGUUUGACAGCAGCAGCAGCCACUAAAUUAAGUAGUCAUUUUGUCUCUAUUCGCAAGGAAAUGAAGGACACAGAAAGAGACACAGAAGUGAGAUCCACUAUUCCCAUCACCAUCAGACAGUUGGAAGCCAUUAUCCGUAUUUCCGAAUCAUUAGCAAAGAUGACCCUGUCUCCCUACGCCAAUGAACAGCACGUCGAUGAAGCCAUUCGUCUUUUCAAGUACUCUACUUUGGAUGCCAUCUCCAACGGUGGUGCUGACGGUAUGACGCGUAGCGACAUCAUGUCUGAAGUGCAGCUCAUUGAAAAGGAUAUUCAAAAACGUUUGCCUGUGGGUUCUCAAGUGCCCUAUGCUAAACUCAAGGAUCAUUAUCUGCGUGAUGGCUUCUCUGAAGCUGCAUUCUCCAGAGCAAUGACCAUUCUUGCCCGUAGAGACAUGUUGGCUCUUAGAGCUCAAGGCAAAAUGGUUCUUCGACAAGGUUUCUAA